AUGAAGACGCCGGUUGGAGUGCGCGUGCGGCUCGCGCUGAGCCACCAGCGCAACUUGCGCUACGUGCUGCUCGUCGCCUGCUGCGCGCUGCUGCUGGUCACGUAUCUGCUCCUGAAGCUGCCCACGCCGUCCACGUACGACAAGCUCUCGGACGAAGAAGACAAGCGGUACAACACGCAAGAGAUGAUGCAGCAGUGGCCCGGCAAGUGUCACAUCAAGAACUUUGAGCAGCUCCGGCGCAUGUCUGUCGUCUACACGUGGGUCAAUGGCAGCCAGCCGUGCUACCGAGCGCUACGGGAGAAAACAGGCGGCAAACGCGCCGUCGGCGGCUCGCGAGACCGUGAGAUUGGCGAACUCAAGUACUCGAUCCGGUCGUUCGAGAAACAUGUGACGUGGCACGUGGGGCAGAUUUACAUUGUCACGCCGGGCCACAUUCCCGAGUGGCUCGAUAUGAACAACCCGCGCGUGAAAGUGAUCCAUCAGGACGAGCUCUUCCCCGAGUAUGCCAAGCAGUUUAUGCCGACGUUUAAUUCGCACGUGAUUGAGCAGUUUCUGUACCUGAUUCCAGGCCUCUCGGACAUUUUCAUGCAGGUGAACGACGACUAUUUGUUUACGAAACCCAUUACGCCGCACGAGUUUUUCUCGUGUGAUGGCGGUAUUCGACUGUUGCAUGAAAAUGGCUUGAUUUCUCAUGCGCCACCGGCGGAGAAGAAGGGUAUUUGGAUCUCGUCCGUGCUGAAUACGCAACAGGAGAUGGAUCUGCGCUGGGGCAAAACCGACCGCCAUUUUAUCAAACACGCACCGUUUGUGUACUCGCGGCACGCGUUCGAGCGCGUCCAUCAGAUCUUUGAUCGCCCGUUGUAUAUGACGCUCAAGAGCAAGUUCCGUGCGAAACCGGAUAUGAACAUGCCACUGUUGCAUCACUACUACAUGGUGGCGCAAGGCAGUGAGGAGCUCGGAAUUCCGGUCUACUCGCCUCCUGUGUCCGAGAUGACUGGAUACAAGCUCAUUCUGAUGCAGAAUAACAACAUUGACAAGCUCAAGGAGAUUUUUGGACAGAUCCUUGAUGGAUCAUCGCCUUUUAAAGUGGUUGCGCUCAACGACGAGUACACGGACAUGCGUGUGGCCGACGUUGCCAUGGACUUCUUCAAGAAGUAUCUGCCUGAGCCCAGUAGCUUUGAGCGCAAACCAGGUGCUGCACCUCACCCGCUCUCCGUGCACAAGCCUGGCACAUGCGAAGUGGACCCGACAAUCUUGCCGCCGUCUCCACGGAGAGUAGAAGCUGCACCAAAGUACCAGGUGCUUGCGUACCGUGAGGUGCGUUGGGUGGCUUUUACCAACUCGUUGUUGCGUGGUGUGGGCUUCGGUCUCGGAGCGAUUAUCAUGUACACCAUUUAUUUGCUUGUGCUGCGCCGCGACAAGACAUCCAAGGGGUCGAACAGCAUAUACAACAAGGUGUAA